AUGGGAGCGAGGUCCCGGGAGAUACUACUGCUCCUGGCAGUGUGCGCACUUGCUAUCAGCGAGGCAGUCAACAAAACAACCAAGAAAGACGGAAAAGAAAAAGACUCCGACAACUUUCUCUUCCAGUAUGAAGAUUACGAUGGUGGAGAUGAACAGGAGGUCCUAUUUAAUGAAGACAGGCCGUGCCCCAGAGAUUGCAUAUGCACUGUAUCCCAAGGUUAUAGAAUAGCGAAGUGCAAUCGCUUGGAAGUUGGUACCCAGAAGUUUGGCGAUGACAUCACAGAUCUCGUUAUUGAAAAUGCAGACCCAGAGUCACCUAUCGUUUUGGGUGACUUCAUAUUCAAAAAGUUGGGACUGCAUCAGAUCGCAACUGUCAAAAUUGUGAACAGCACAAUUGCCUCCGUCGGACCCAACGCAUUCCACGGUCUUCAUGAACUGUACGCAGUAAAUCUGUCUAACAACAAACUGAAAGCUUUACACCAUGAAACGUUUGCGACUAACAAGAAACUGCUAUUGUUGACGCUUUCUAACAAUCCUCUUAAAUUCCCUGAACCUGGUACACCAGAAUACUUUUUAAAUGCUUCUUCAGUUCAAGAACUUGACAUCUCCUACUGCAACAUGCAGUACAUUACAGCCAAUACCAUCAAGAAUAUGCCAGGACUCAUGUAUCUUAACCUUGCUGGAAACAACUUGGCAGACAUGGAAGCUGAUACGUUUAAAAGUUUGCUCGACUUGGAAGAGUUAGACUUGAGCGACAAUAAUAUCAAAUCUCUCCCCGAAGACAUAUUCUCUGAAAAUACUGAGCUGGCAACGCUCCAUAUUCAACGUAAUCCUAUCGAUUCUGUCUAUGGACUACAAAUUUCUGACUUGCUAACAUUGAACGCUGGUCAAACGAAUAUAAAAUUCGUUGGUCCAUCAAUGUUUAACGGUAUGACUUACAUUGCUAACCUUAACCUUAGUGGAAAUAAUAUUGAAAAAAUCCACAACCAGGCAUUCCACAAAUUAGUUGAACUUAACUAUCUCGACCUCUCUUUUAACAACUUGGACUUCAUUUCUAGUAUACUUAUCAAGCAAAACAUUGAAUUGGAUAUUUUCAAAAUUUCAAACAAUCCCAGAUUAAAACACCUGCCCAAAGAUGGUUUUCUAUGCUCUGCAGAACAAUUUAAUAUUUACCUAUUUGAAGCAGCCAAUUGCGGUCUUGAUGAAAUUUUUGAUGACUCUUUGAAGACUUUUACGGCUUUAUCUCAAAUAAACCUUUCUGGAAACAACAUCAAAUCCAUCAGUAACCAAGUUUUCUCACGAUCACCAAAAUUAGUCGAAAUCAACCUCUCGCAUAACCAACUCAUGACUUUGGAUGCUAAAGUUUUCGAAAAGAACAAGGAGUUAGGAAAACUGAAUCUGCAAGGUAAUCCGUUGAAAGUAUUGUCUAUUGAAGUAUUUAUACAUACACCUAUGCUCACAUGGUUGGAUAUGAGUCACGGUGAACUGACAGCACUAUGGAAGUCCGAUAAGAACCAUUCCACCAGCCUUGGUAACUUGAGCUUCUUGAAUGUUUCACACAAUCGCAUUUCUGAAAUUAAACAAACCGAUUUAGACAGCCUCAAGAAAUUACGUACUUUAGAUAUCAGUAACAAUUUACUUGCAUGUAGUCGGGAGUUUGAAAACCUUAUGUCAUGGUUGAGCGAGAAGAAGGUUUCUCCCAACGCAAAUUCCGCCAGUAUCGCCAACUUGGCUAAAGAUAAUAAAGACGACAUUGAAACAUAUAGCUGGGAAUUUCUCACCCAAAAAACUUGUGGAAGCAGUGGUGUCAUUGUUCAUCCUAUUGAGCCUCUACCCGCAGCUGAUGAAGAAAUAUGGGAAAGAAUUGACAAAGAUACAGUUGGUGAUUUCGACUUAAAAGACACUCUCGAUGACGGUAAAAUCGCAGACGAUACAAAACUCCGCUACGAUAGUGAAGCCGAUGCUGAUGAGGACGAAGAUGACGCUGACGACGAAGAGGAAGAAGGUGAUGAAGAUGAUGAUUCCGAGGAGUAUGACGAUGAUGACCAAAACUUGGACCUCAAAGUCAAACUUGUGGAAAAACCAGCUCAAAAAUCUGAAGUGAAGUCUUCUACACAUGCACCAAAAACUGAAGAGAGCCGACAGGAUAAAAUGAAAAUCGACAUCAAGCUGUUUGAAAACGAUAACUUCUACGAUGAUUUGGAACCUGAAGUAUACGUGAACGAAUCCGUUCAAGAGUCUGAACAUAGCCGUUACGCAUACUUGUGGCCUAUUUUGAUUGCAAUUUUGAGUGCUUUACUGCUCCUUAUCGCUAUUGCGAAGGUCGUGAUGGUUGUGUGUGGAAGAAGGAACAAACAAAUCCGGUACAACAGUGCCAUAAUCGCCGCUAUGAGUCACCAGGGGCGUACUAAGAAAGACUGCGGAUUAGUGUACCAGCAGCUAUCGGAGGAUCUAAAAGGCCCCGCAACACCUAAGUUGAACCGCUACGCUCCGUUACACAACGUUUCAAUAAACGCGUCCGGCGUGCAGUCUUACGAGAGCAGUCCUUUCCACCACAGCAAUAUCGUGCCGGAAGCGGUGUGA